GCCGCCUAGUUGUGCUACAAAGUAGUUUAAGCACCAUUUACACAUGUAUACUACGGAAAUUAUUCCCGUACUGUACUUGCAACUGUGCUUUAACAAGUACUAGGUGCGCGUGUUACACCUGUCUUAACUGUCUAACUGCAAAAUUCAAAAAUGCAGAAAUGUAUGCAGCUGUGGACCUUACAAAGAAGAUGAUCAGCAACAACUGCCAUUUCAGGCCAUCAAGUAAUGAAGUUCUAAGUCACUGCGUAUUUUGGAAUGAAGGAAAGCAGCUUAAUUUUUUUUUGGAUGUCAGUGAUCGACUUGAAAAAGAACCAGUUUCAUCACGUGUUCUGCAGUGUAUAGAAUCACGAGCGAAGCUUGUGAUAGGAAGUGAUUGGAAAAACAAAAUAACAGACGAUUUGAGGACAGAUUUAAAACGAUUCAGAUCAUACAAUGGAGGUUGUGUAAGGGAGUUACUAAGAGCACUACGACAAACAAGAAACACCACUACAGUGAGCUACCUCUUCAACUGAAAACAUCACUUGGAGAUAUUCCUAACGAGUUUGUUUUUUACUUCACAUCAAGGUUCCCUCAUUUGCUGAUUCAUGUGUACAAUGAAAAUGGAAAUUCUUAAACGUGAACCUAUCUUUCAUCAGUAUUAUAACAACUAGUAGGAUUAUAACAUGGCACUGUUGCUUUUAUAAAAUAGCUAGUCCUAUGACUAUGACUAUUACAACAUUCUUCGAAAUGCAA